AUGGCUACCACAGGUGCAACAGAAAUGAUGCGCGUCGCUUCACAAGCACGACGCCAAUGUCCACAAAAUCCAUUACAUUUAGAUAUUUUAUGGCUACCACGGGCAGCAAUGAAAACAGUUGAAACUGACACCUCGGAUUGUGUACUUGUAGUUGGUGUAUCACGACCUAAAAUGGCUGCAGCGUUACUCACUGUAAUGCUUCUAUCGUUAUUUGUUACAUUUCAUGUAUUAUACGACAGUGCUGUAUAUAGUUUACAAACUGUAGCUGUUGGUACACAAGAAGCGGAACAACACCAACAGUAUACACGAUUUAUAGCAUCUGCAUCGAUAGCAGAUUCACGUCAACCACGAGAUGGUAUCGUUCGUGUACAUUUUCCACGAACAUCACGUCGUUUACCACAAGCGAUUAUAAUCGGUGUACGCAAGUGUGGUACACGAGCGCUGCUUGAAAUGUUAUAUCUACAUCCUAUGAUACAAAAAGCUGCCGGUGAAGUACAUUUUUUUGAUCGUGAUGAUAAUUAUCGUAAAGGUUUGGAGUGGUAUCGUAAAAAAAUGCCACAUUCAUUUCGUGGACAAAUCACUAUUGAGAAAAGUCCAAGUUAUUUUGUUACACCUGAGGUACCCGAACGUAUCCGUGCAAUGAAUGCGAGCGUAAAACUACUAUUAAUUGUACGUGAGCCAGUUACGCGUGCAAUAUCUGAUUACACACAAUUACGUAGUCACGCUGCUGCAACUGCAUCUCCGCCAUCACUUUUACCACCAAUACCACAACAACAGAAGAGCUUUGAACAAUUAGCUCUGUUACCAGAUGGCACGGUCAAUGAAGCGUAUAAACCGCUGGCCAUCUCAAUGUAUCAUACGUUCAUGCAUCGCUGGUUGGAAGUAUUUCCCCGAGAACAAAUAUUAAUUGUAAAUGGUGAUAUGUUAAUUGAAGACCCUGUACCACAAUUACAGCGUAUUGAACAUUUUUUAGGUAUUGAACCACGUAUAGGUAAACAUAACUUUUAUUUUAAUGAGACAAAAGGUUUCUUUUGUUUACGCAACGAUACGGCGGAUAAAUGUUUACGUGAAACAAAAGGACGCCGUCAUCCGCGUGUUGAUCCAUAUGUGAUAUCGAAAUUGAGACGAUUUUUUAGUGAACAUAAUCAGAAAUUUUAUGAGCUUGUUGGUGAAGAUUUUGGUUGGCCAGAGGAAUAA